CAGAGCUGGCGCUAGGACUUGGACCUUGGAGACAGAAGCCUGUGGGGAUCGGGAGGGCUUGGAAGGAAAGUCAGUGAGUGGGUCGCGAGAGGCGGGGCGUGAGCUUCUGAGUCCUUCCGGUUCCUAUGACCUCCUCGGAGAAGAGUGACAGCCUCACGGACCAGAGCAAUGGGUUUGCUCUCAGAGUUGAAGUUGAUUGUGCCCUGGGGCCACAUUGCUGUCAAAGUCUGGGGCUCCCAGAAGAACCCUCCAGUUCUCUGCUUGCAUGGCUGGCUGGACAACGCCAACUCCUUUGACAGGCUCAUUCCUCUUCUUCCACAAGACUUCUGUUACGUGGCCAUGGAUUUUGGAGGUCAUGGACUCUCAUCUCAUUACAACCCAGGUCUCCCGUACUGCUUCCAAAAUUUUGUGAGUGAGGUCCUAAGGGUGGCAGCAGCCUUUAAGUGGACUCGGUUCUCCCUCAUGGGCCACAGUUUUGGUGGCACGGUGAGCGGCACGUUCGCCUGCAUGUUCCCCGAGAUGGUGGACAAACUGAUCUUGCUGGACGCAGCGCCACUUCUCCUGGAAUCUAAUGAAAUAGAGAACAUACUGACCUACAGGCGGAGAAGCAUAGAGCACAUGCUGAAGGUAGAGGCCUCCCAGAAGUCCCCGAGAGUCUUCAGCCCAGAGGAGCUGCUGCAGGGGCUCCUGAGUAGAAACAGCCACUUGACUAAAGAUUGUGGAGAACUCCUGCUGCAGAGAGGCGCCACGAAGGUGACCGAAGGUCUUGUGGUGAACAGGGACAAGAGGCUCUCUCUGCCAGAGAACAUCUUUGACUUCAUGAGCAAAGAUCAGUUUGUGCACUCUACAAGGAGGCUGCAGGCCAGCGUGGUGAUGAUCAAAGCACUGCAGGGUUACUUCGAUGUGAGGCGGGAGAACGAUAAUAUCAAGCAGCCGCUGCUCUUCAUGGUGGACACGCUAAGAUCCACCCUAAAGGAGGUAAGCGGUUCCAGUAUGUGGAAGUCCCAGGCAAUCACUACAUCCACAUGAACAAGCCCCAGACUGUGGCUGCAAUUAUCAGCCCCUUCCUCCAGGGUCUACCGAGGAAGACCUCUUCUAGGCUGUAGCUCUGGUCUGAGGCCCUGUUGGCUUCCUGGCUUCCACUGGAUCUUGAGCACUCUCAUGCCACAAAAUAGCUGGGGUGGGCGUGAGUCUCACUGGGCUUCCAGACCAAGAGAGGCAGCAGAGAAUCCUUCAGCAGAGCUGGGGGCAGGGAAGACUCUGGUCUUAUCUGUGACUUUGAGAAGGGGACUGGGUGUUUGCUGAGCCGGUGGUGCUAAGGAAGCAGAGGCCCUCUGGACUCAGAGGCUUCUGGGACCUGUCCUUGCCACCAGCUGUGUAGAAAUAAAAUCAUCUCCCGUCUUCA